UUUAACGACUGUUGUUGACGAUCACCGAGGUUUCUCGAAGAUUACCGAAGUGCUCCGAUAAUAUAAGUAAAAAAGAGUAUGCGUGUCCUCCUAUCGCGUGCCAUCGUCGUAGGCUCAUAGCCAAUACAGGCGACGUCAGUAAUCGUUAAGUCAUUUAUUCGUAAGUACACAUAAUCCGUCCGUCUUUUCUGUGCAUAGCACAUACAUUUGGAUGGUUUGAACGGGUGUUAGGGGAUAGCAAAAAAAAGAGAAAGAAGAAGUAGGGGCAGAGGCGGAAAAGGGAGAGGAGGAGAAGGAGAAGGUAAUAGUCGAAUAGGAGGAGAAGGAGGUGGAGGAUAAACGUGUAAUUUUGCGAAUGUGCGCCUUUCUCUUCUUUGCGGUACAAAUAAUCCGUGAAAAACGAUGUCAGAUCCCAUAGCCACAGACAUGAUCGACGGAAUCUGGCCAUUUUUAAAGAGCAUCGAUUGGAGAGAUCCAUGGCUGGCUUUGUUAUUAACUUUUCAUAUUGCUGUUACAAUGACAGCUCUGAUGACACGAAAUCAUGCUAAUUUUCAAAUCAUUUUAUUCCUUGUAUUAUUACUUCUUGUUUACUUUACUGAAACCAUCAAUGAAGUGGCUGCAACAAAUUGGAUGGUUUUCUCAAGGCAACAGUACUUUGAUUCUAAAGGAUUAUUUAUAUCAAUAGUUUUCUCUACACCUAUUUUGAUGAAUUGCAUGAUCAUGGUGGCCAGUUGGCUAUAUCAAUCCAGUCAAUUAAUGACAAGUUUAAAAAGAGCACAGUUGAGACAACAGGCAAAAAAUCGGCAAUCCAAUGGUGAUUUGUCAAAUGCAAAUGAUAAUGCAAAUCGACAGAAACAAGAAUAAAACCGACAACAUCUAGUCAAGCAAUGAAAUAUGAUUAUAAGUAUAUGCAUUAAGCAUCAUUAUAAGGCAAAAAAAAAA